UUCUUCAGAUAGCUAGAUUUCUAUUCCCCCAGACGCCCCCGACGCAUCCUUCUCCGGCGAACACAAGAUGGCACCAAACGAACCCCUUAUUAAUGAUUUUAAUGGCCGUGUUUCAUGGAAAUCCACCGGCUCCAGCUUGGCGAAGAUAAAGGAGAGGUUUACUCACCAUGAUCUUUUGGAUAAGGCUUUGCAGACCCAAUUCCAGUAUAUAUUCCAAGCCCCGACAUUAUAUUUUUUGGGAACCAUACUCCAUCAGAUGCUUAUUAGAAAAAUUAGCUCAAAUUCGAAGGAGAUAAGGUUCUUGGUCAAUGGUAAGGAGGUCUGUUGGGGCAUGAAGGAUUAUGCAUUGGUGACAGGCCUCAACUUUGGCAGAUUUCCUUUGGUGGAGGAGGUUGAAGAAUGUCCACCCCUUGUACUCAAAUAUUUUAAGGGUAAAAAGGAUGUUAGACUGAAAGAGCUUGAAGACAUUUUCGUCGGAUGCUCUGAUAAGGAGGAUUCAUGGAAGAUGGGGCUCAUAUUUUUCAUUUAUCAGUAUUUGUUCGCAUCUGAUAAUAGGAGGAAGAUAAGUUUGAGAAUCUUUCACAUGGUGGAAGACAUGGAGAUGUUCCUCCAAUUUCCAUGGGGAAAGGUGUCCUUUAGAGCAACCUUGCAGGGUAUUGACAAAGAUAUGAAACACCUCCGUGAGUUAUAUCUCGCCAAGAAGAGAAGCUGGGAAAAGAAAGGCAUAUGUGAUGUCGCUUAUACUUUACAUGGGUUCGCACUAGCAUUCCAAGUGUGGACCUAUGAGCUUAUCAAUACAUUCGUCCCCAAAUUUGCUGAAAGGACACUGGAAGAUGAUCAAGAUGAUCCUACAAGCCCAAGGAUAGUGCUCUAUAAAUCUUUGAGGAGUUAUACCGGACCUGAGGUAUCCACAGCCAUCCAGAAGUGCAAUGUUCGAAGAAAAAUUCAUGAGUCUGCGGAGGAGAAGCGGAUGUACUCUGGGGACGACUUUGAAGAUAUGACAAACAACAUUUAUGAUGAAUUCUUUGAAUUUGAUGAGAGGAAGAGAAAGAUAGAAGUUUGUGAAGAAGAAGAAAAACAUGAAAGAACUCCCAAAUUGUCGCCGGCCAAGAAGAUGAAACUAGCCAAGACAACUCCCAAGUUCCUUGAAGUUAACGAUGAAACUAGCGAAGACAGCUCUCAUCAUAUCCCUUCUGCGACGACUCCUCCAACUUAUGAACACAAUUCUACAUCUUCUGCACCCAAUCUAGUGUCUCCUCAAGCCCAUACUGAUGCUGAUGCUAAACUUGAUGAGCUGACAAAGAAUGUGAAUGAGAUUAAAAAGGAUGUGAAUGAGAUUAAAACUGAAAUCAAGCUCAUCAAUGAGAAUCAACAACUUAUAAUCACAUUAUUGAGGAAAAUAAAGGAACAAAAGAAUGGUGGAGGAGAAGAAAAAGAAGUGACAGGUACUGUUGCACUUGAUAUUGAGAGGAAGAGGAGGACGAAGAGGAAGAAUAAUGAUGUUGCACUUGCUGAAAUUAGAUAGGAUGUCAUAUUCCAUAAUACCAUAUCCAACAGUCCCAAAGACAACCAAAAGUGGGGACUGUGGGGUUUUACUAUUAUGCAUUUGGAAUACCUUAUUGCCUCAUUGAAUAUAUCAAAUGUGGUCACUAAAAAUAUGAAUUUUUGGAGAAACAAAUGGGCAGUAAGGUUAUUCCAUCAAAUUGUA